AUGUCUUCGGUUAACAAUCUAGUAAAGCUUUCGAUCCUUCUGUUCGCCGUGACUUUUGUUUUCGGUGAGAUGGAUGCGUCGGAGGAGUCGCGUAUUAUCGGAGGUCAGUUUGCUGCUCCAGGACAAUUUCCUCAUCAGGUUUCACUGCAACUGAAUGGGCGCCACCAUUGCGGUGGUUCCCUGAUCUCCGAGACGAUGAUCGUGACAGCUGCCCACUGCACCAAGGGUCAGAAUCCGGGACAAAUGAAGGCCAUUGUGGGAACCAAUGAUCUGGGUGCCGGCAACGGUCAGACCUUCAACAUUGCCCAGUUCAUCAUCCAUCCACAGUACAAUCCGCAGAGCCAGGACUUCGAUAUGUCGCUGAUCAGGCUGAGCAGCCCGGUUCCCAUGGGAGGAGCUGUGAAGACCAUCCAACUGGCUGACUCAGACUCAAAUUACGAGGCCGAUACGAUGGCCAUGAUCAGCGGCUUUGGCGCCAUCAAUCAGAACCUGCAGCUGCCCAACCGCCUUAAGUUCGCCCAGGUGCAGUUGUGGAGCCGUGACUACUGCAACUCCCAGAACAUCCCCGGCCUCACGGAUCGCAUGGUGUGCGCAGGACAUCCCAGUGGCCAAGUCAGCUCCUGCCAGGGUGACUCCGGUGGUCCCCUGACCGUCGAUGGCAAGCUCUUCGGUGUGGUGUCCUGGGGAUUCGGUUGUGGGGCCAAGGGACGUCCAGCAAUGUACACCUAUGUGGGCGCCCUGAGGUCCUGGAUCAAACAGAACGCCAAUGUGUAA